AAGCAUGUGGCCAGGUUUUGGUGGGGGGUUGAGGAGGGUCGUUCUAAGAUUCGGUGGAUUUCCUGGAGAAAUUUGUGCAGAAGUAAACAUGAGGGGGGAUGGGGUUUCGCCGGUUCGAGCAGUUUAACCAGGCGCUGUUGGCAAAGAUCGGUUGGCGUAUCCUGAAUGAACCCCAGUCUCUCCUAGCCCAGAUCUAUAAAGGGAAGUAUUUUUCGCAGGGAUCAUUUCUUUCGGCUCAGCCGCGCUCCCGCCCUUCCUGGGGAUGGCAAAGUAUUCUCUUUGGUCGGCAGUUAUUGUCCAAGGGUUUGCGGUGGCAGAUUGGGAAUGGUCAGAAGGCUCCUUUGCUCAAUUCCAAUUGGAUUCCGACUCAUCUUCCUUCUUCUCCUGUGUAUAACCCUCGGAUUCUGCCGGAUGAUGGGGAUCUGACGGUCUCGGCUGUCCUCUAUCCUGGGGAAGGGCGCUGGUGCGAGGAUAAGCUGAGCCAGUGGUUUGACCCUCUGACUUGCCAGGUGAUUAGGGCGAUGCCCCUGCCGCGGCAGGAUAUCGAGGAUCGUUUGAUCUGGCAUGUUACGGAGGAUGGGAUUUUUACUGUGAAAUCGGCUUAUCACUUGGCGGUCUCUCUUGACCGGCAGAGUGGGAGAUGGCGGGCUCAGGUUAGUUGGAUGGAUAAGCAGAGUUGGAUUCGGGUUUGGGACGCAAAUAUUCCCCCGAAGCUGAAGGUGUUUGUCUGGCAAAUCUUGAGCAGAAUUUUACCAACGACAGAGGCUCUUAUAGAAAAGGAUGUGGAGGUCUUGCCCCGUUGUCCGGUCUGCUGGGCUUCAAGGGAGACAAUGGAGCAUUUGUUCCUUGAUUGUCCGGUGGCGAGGGCUUUGUGGUCUCAGGCGGGGCUUGAGUCUCUUGGCGAGGGGUUACCCCGUCAUACUUUCCCCCUAUUCCUUAAAAAAUUGCUGGCUAUUGUUCAUCAGCCUUCGCAGUUCUUGGCGGUGAUUGCUAUCCUGUGGCGAAUUUGGAGAUCCCGGAAUUGGGUGGUAUUUGAAGGAAAACAGUUCAGCAUUCCGGUUUUAUUGAGGCAGUAUAACCAACAAGUAGGGGAAUGGCUCGACCUACCGAGGGAUCCCCAGUCUCCCUCGGCUCUUCUACCUGAUCGCCCUAUUGGGUUAGCUAGCGAGUCAGGUGGACCUGUAUGUCGGUGGGAUGGGGCGGUUCGACGAGGGUCACAUUCUGCAGGGGGUAUGGUACUUCUCAAUGAGGCAGGAACGCCAUUAUGGGCUGCAGGGAUUCAAUUUCCGGACCUGGAUGAACCAAUGGUGGUGGAGCUCCUUACGCUUCGGGAAGCUGUCUGUUGGUGUUUAGCGCAUAGAUUUCCGGUCAUGCGAUUCGAAGGGGAUGCGAAGGUGAUCAUUGAUAAAAUCUGUAGGGCUGAUGUUUGCGACAGUCGGGUUGGGACUAUUUUGGAGGAGCUGGUUCGGAUUUUCAGGGUUAAUCCGGGGUUUAGUUUACGAUUUGUAGGUCGGGGUGGCAAUAGGGUAGCUCAUACUGUAGCUAGAAAGGCCCUCUCUUUGUUCCCGACUACGUGUCGUUAUUUUGAUUUCCAGACCUGGCUGGCUUCCAGGAUGUAACUAUCGAUUGGUUUCUAUCAAUAUAUGAUUAUCUUUUGUCAAAAAAAAAAACAGUGGUGUUUAUCAAAUCAAUAAUGAACCCAAAACCCUCUUAUAUCCAUGGUUUUUCAAAACCCAAAUUAUAUCAAAACCUUCAUUUUAUAAAUCUAUGAAGCAAACGACCCCUAAGAUUUGAAUGCUUGACCUCGUUUGCUCUACUAUUCAUUUUUGUAAUACAAAAAUUUCAAACCACUAUAAUCUCAAAGAAUGGAUCAAAUGAAAAAAUGAGACAAUUUGGUCAACUGUCUCAUUUUAUAAAAUUAGUCGUUUAAAAUGAGUCAAUUCGAAUUGUCUACCCUCACUCUAAACAAUUGUAAUUGCUUCAAAAUGAGUCAAUUUUGAAUUCCUCAAACAAAAUUGUUUCAUCAAAUUUUGGUUUGUCGUUGGAAAGUGGUUAACUAAUAUUUUUAUUCAUUUUUAAUUUAUUUUUAUUUCACAAAAUUAAUUUAAACGGUCAACUAUAGGUGUUGACUAUCAUGUGGAGUGAAGUUAGCAAAUUUAAACAACUAGUCUCUAAUGAUGAAAUGAAAUUUAGUUAACGACCAGUAAGCAAAAAUCGCUUCAAUAAAAAAAGUAUGUUGAUUUGAGCCAACAAGGCAAUGCUCUGAAGAGCAAAGAUUUUAGACGAUAGGAAUGACAAACCAUUAUUGCAAUUAAAAUUUGUUAGUAACAAAUGUAAAAUAUUUUAUAAACACAGUGACCAACUGACCAUACUUCCAUUUAACGGAAAAGAUGCUGAAACGCAAGCAAAGCAUCAUCAGCAACGCUCUUUUUGAACGUUGAAUGGUCGUUUCAUUAAUACGAAACACGGUGUACAGAGUUUAUAAAAAACACUGAAAAGAAGGAAACACCAACUGAAAAGAGAAAACUAACAGUUGGUAGCCCAAGGCCCAAACCCGAAAAACCCACCCAUUAGCAACCCAAAAGAGAAGACUAACAGUGGGUAGCCCAAUGCCCAAACCCGAAAAACCCACCCAUUAGCAACCCUAACCAGCGCCCUAAUCACCACCAAGCUAGCAGCCAAACGCAUCCCCCACCUCCGCAUCUGCGCCGCCAACGUCAACACCGUCCAAACAUGGUCAUUCGUAGUGGAAACAACGGAAGAAGCAGAGACUACUUCAAACACCAGUAGUUCCAAACACGAGCGGUACCCCUUGAAAGACGAUGCACCAACAAGAAGCAGAAAACAACAGAACACGUCGAGGAGAACCGUACCCAGAUCUGAAUCCACGAUCUACCUAAAAAAAAGCAAACUAGAGAAACCAAUCUCGGCCACAGACAGAGGAAGAGCCAUUGAAACACCACAAAUCUGAGCAAAAUGGCCGAAGAACUAGCUUCAAAGAUGACAUUCCUGCUCACAAGCUCCCUGAAAAAACAUCCAAUACUACCAAGGUCUAUGCAUCUUCGAAUCAUCCCCAUUUAUGGAUGAAGCAUGUGAAGGUAGAUGGCAGACCAGAGAGGAGCAAGCGAAACCGACGAUCGGCCCCCUCAAACACCAACCAAGGGAACCUCCACACAGAUAUGGAAAACUAGUCAGGUGGAGAACAAAAUCAUCUCACAAGGAGACAUGCAAGAGGAGGAGGGCCACCGCCAGUUCCAGAGGGAAGUCGGCGGCAGCCCUUGGAAGGUGAUUUUGAAAACCCAAGAAAGGUAGAGAGAGUAACUUGGGUAAAUUACAAGGUUGGUCACUAGAAUUAUUAAAAACAUUCAUGUUUG